GGGUGGGAUUUUCCCGUGCGUUCUAUCACUUACCGCUUCCUUGUUAUCCUAUCAUCUUUAUCAUGGCUCCCACUGCUACAGCAACCACUGAGGCCAACAACAAAUCCAAGGCUGUCAACUUGAAGCCUAGUACUACUGCCAUCUUGCAUCGAAUGCAGGGGAGACCGCCCAUCGCUGUUUCUGGCGAAGGGCUGUACCUGCAGCUCGAAAGUGGCCAGAAGGUCAUCGAUGGCAUAGGCGGUGCCGCUGUGACUUGUCUUGGUACAAGUCAUCCAAAGGUGAUCAAGGCGAUGAAGGAACAGUUGGAUACUUUACAGUAUGUCUACAACAUGCAGCUUAGCACUAAACCAGCGGAGGAACUUGCCCAGCUGCUUGUCGAUGGCAGUAAGGGAGCGUUCGAGCUCGCGGUAUUUUUUUCUGGAGGCUCUGAGGCUAUGGAAGGCGCCAUAAAGCUAGGACGCCAGUAUUAUUAUGAAACAGGACAGCCUCAGCGCACAAACUUCAUUGCUCGCAAGCUAUCUUUCCAUGGAAACACGACCAGUACAUUGUCUCUAGCCUACCACCCCGCUCGUCGAGCGCCGUAUGCAGCAAUCCUAGACGAGAAAAACUUCCAUCAUGUUUCUCCUGCCUACGCAAAACGCUUCCAAAAGCCUGAUGAAACAGAAGAACAAUAUGUAGAGCGAUUGCGACAGGAGCUAGAAAAUAAAUUCAUCGAGUUAGGGCCUAACACUGUCAUUGGCUUCGCUGCGGAGACUGUUGUAGGAGCUACCACGGGUGUCGUUCCGGCUCCCAAAGGCUACUUCAAAGCAAUGAAAUCCGUUUGCGACAAAUAUGGCGCCCUGUUCAUUUUGGAUGAGGUCAUGAGCGGAAUGGGACGAAUGGGCACGUUACACGCUUGGGAGAGUUUCGGAGAUGGUGUAGCACCGGAUAUCCAAGCCGUAGCCAAAGGACUCGGAGGAGGAUAUGCAUCGAUUGGCGCCGUGCUUAUGUCCAAAAAGGUUGCGCGGGGUAUUCAAGAAAACUCCGGUCUAUUGAAGCAUGGCCACACCUACCAGGCCAAUCCACUGUCGUGUGCUGCUUCGCUGGCGGUGCAAAAGGUUAUUGCCGAAGAAGAUCUUCUGAAGAAUAUCAACAUCCAGGGCAAGUUAUUGGAGAGGCGCUUGAGAGAGCGCUUACAAUCGCCGAAUGCUUUGGCAGCCCCUUACACAUUUGAUAUUCGCGGUGGAGGAGGAUUCUGGGCGGUCGAGUUUGACUUUGAUGCUCCGGAUGCUGCAGCGGUGGACUUGAAGGGACAACAAUUUGCAAUGGUAACGCAGGCUCGUUGUUUUGAAAAGGGGCUUAUUAUGAUGGGAAUGACGGGGGGCGCGAACUUGGAGGGAACCAAGGGAGACCACUGCAUGUUUGCACCGGCAUACAACGUCACGAGCGAGGAGAUUGAGACGAUUGUUGGAAUAUUUGUGGAGAGUGUUGAGGAGGUGUUGAGAGAAUCGAUUGUUUGAUGAGACUCGGAAUAGUCGCUGUAAAUGUAUUGUAUUCUGUAUAGUCAGUGAUGCUUGGUGCCACAGCUAUUGAAAUGUUCUCACGGGUUCG